AUGAGCCUGGCCGCGGGGCUCGGCCAGCGCGGCGUCCACGUCCUGUGCGCCGACAUCCACCUCGACAAGCCCUGGCCCAACAACUACGGCACCUGGGUCGACGAGCUGCAGCCGCUCGGCCUCGCCGACUGCGCGUCCCACGUGUGGAACCGCACCGCCGCCUACGUCAGGGACGAUGGUCGCAAGUCUAACUUGGACAGGCCGUACGCUCGCGUCGAUCGACACAAGAUGAAGAGACGCUUCCUGGAUAGGUGCCAGAGCUCCGGUAAUGUUGUCGUUGUGAAGGCCGUGGCUAAGGAGGUCGAUGUCGAGGGGGAGCGGAGCGCGAGUACCGUCAGGCUCGUCAUGCAUGGCGGCGAGGAGGUUUGCGUCGAGACUCGUGUCGUUGUGGAUGCCACGGGGCAUAGCUUGAACUUUGUCAAAUUUAAUCAGGGGAAGACCCCGGGCUUUCAGGCCGCCUAUGGCGUCGAGUGUGUCGUGAGUGAUAAGGGGUAUCCGUUUGAUAACGACGAGAUGCUGCUCAUGGAUUUUAGAGAUGACCACAUGCAACAAUCACCGGAGGACCGCCACACCGCGAAUACCACCCCAACGUUUAUCUAUGUCAUGCCGCUGGACGACGGCGCAGGCCGCCAUGUCUUUUUCGAGGAGACCUCGCUAGUUGCGUCGCCGGCCAUGGACUUUGACCAUCUCAAGCAGCGCCUGUACAAGCGUCUGGCCCAUUACAACAUUCACGUCGACGAGGUGCUGGAGGAGGAGUUCUGCCUCAUUCCGAUGGGGGGCGAGAUGCCGGUCCUGCGCCAGCGCGUGGUCGCCUUCGGCGGCGCAGCCGCCUUGGUGCACCCGGCCACGGGCUACAUGAUCGCACGCGCGCUCGAGCUUGCGGACAAGGCUGCGGAGAUCAUCGCCGCCGAGCUUCGUGCGAGCCACGCCGACGCCGACGAGACGGCCCACCGGAUAUGGGACCGCCUGUGGAACGUCGGCCGCCGAAGGCAGCGCGACUUCUUCAACUUUGGCGGCGAGUAUCUGCAGCGGAUAGACUUGCGCACGACGCGCGACUUUUUUGCGGCCUUUUUCGACCUGCCUAAGGACCAGUGGUCCGCCUUCCUCUCGUUCCGCCUCAUGCAGCCGCUGGAGCGCCUCACCUUCGGCCUCGGCGUCUUCGCCCGCACCACCAACCGCGUCCGCACCUCCAUCGUCUAUGACGCCAUCACAAAGGGCCGCUUCCCGCUCCUCAUGUCCGUCCUCCCGGUCUAUGAUGUAGAAGAUGAAACAUAA